CAUCUUUGAAAGAUACCUUUGUAAUUUGCAUACAUGAUCCAGAAUUUAUAGUUACAUUGCAAACACAAUAUGGAAAGGAGCGACACUGAAGAGAUGAAUGCACAGGAUCGGAAACGAAAGCAGAACAGAAAAGCGCAGAAGAGAUAUCGGCAAAAGAUGAAGCAUCGACUUGAAGAGCUGGAAAAGUGGAGAGAAGUGGCCGUGGCCACGACAGGCCAAUACGUCGAUCCUGUCUUUCACGAGGAUACAAGCUUCAUCUUUCCCGCUUCGCCGAGAUUUGUCUGUAACCUGGAGAUGCAAGCAGGUGGUUUGCCUCCUGUUGAUUAUUCCAGUGCUUCUCUCUCCCCGGACCACCACCACCUAUUUUCUACGAAGUCAUUUGCUAGUACAGAAAACCCGCCGUUGAAUGAUCCCCAGAGAAAGCUGGCAUGUCCCAGAGAGGACAAUGGCAUUCUUAUGGUGGCUGACGAUGAAAGUCAUGAACAUGCCCCGAUCGUAGAAGAUCCACAAUCUCCUAUCAACUACAAACACUCGUCACCUGUAGCUGCAUUAUAUGAGAGCACAAUGCGGCGUAAUUCUGAGCCCUGUAAGGUCAAUACGAGCACCAAGUCAUGCUCUUGCAUGCCGUCAUCAGACCAUGAAGUAGUGGAGAGAUCGACGUCCACUACUACUUGUGCUUCAGCAGGUGCCACUGCGCUUCAUCUUGCGGUAGACAUGGCUAGUACGCCCAUUGUCACCGCAUUAUUGCGGAGACAAGUUGAUGCAAAUGUAAAGGAUGCUCAUGGACGAACCGCUCUACACCUCGCCGCUGGGAAACAUGAUGAAAGACUGACUCGUCUUCUAUGUAUAGCCUCGAGUUCUUGCAUAAACAGUCAGAACUAUCUUGGCGAUACUCCUCUGCAUGUAGCAGUCGCCACUGGUGAUCUCCAGAGCGUCAGAGUCCUGCUUUCUACCCCUGGAAUUGUUGUCGAUAUCAAGAACAAGUCCGGGCGGACAGCUUUACACAAUGCUGUGGUAGUGUCUAAUGAAGAAACCAUCGAAGCAUUACUCGAGGCAGGGGCUAAUAUCCAGAUUCAUGUAGGCUAAGUUAGAAGUUACUAAGUAACAAACGUUGUCUCACCACUUAAGUCAUGUCAACGGAGUUGGCGACGCCCGGACUUUGCUCGAGGAAGGUCGAAUCGAUUCUACAUAGUCCUUUGAGGGUAUCACGGGGUACGAUCGGCGGUAGAAUUCCCUGCCAGAGAUCAGUAUUGUUUGAUGCUUGCGCUCUCAGAUCAGCCUCCUCCUCGUCUGAACAGGGCAGGGUACUCCAGCUAUUGGCACUGGCCAUUUGGACUUUAUCUGAAGCAAUAAGGGGUAUUAGGUUAGCCAAUGCUUGAUGCUCUUGCAUGCAAAAGCUAAUGUGCAAGAGGCGUACUAAAGCAAGGUAGAUGUACUUCAGGAGAUCAGGAUGAUAGCGACAGUAUUAUAGGC